ACAAUACGCACAUCCGGCGGAAGAAAAAGUAGUUCCCAGUGCUGCUAACCGCGCAUCAGUUAGACAUGAUCUUAAUAACAUACGUACUUUAUACUGUGUUCCUUUGAAUGGUGUUUAUUUUCUCAAAUGACUAAAAUAUCAAAGUAUAGAUAUUGUGAUGUUAAGAACCUACAUUUCUGUUCAUCGAUCUGCACGUCGGUUUGUCAGGCUAGCUUAGCUUCGAGACCCGGAAGUUAUCAUCAACGCAAGACCAGCAGAGAUGAAGUGUGAGUGUAAAGUGUGUGAAAAUGAGCACAGUUCAAAUGCUGACACUGUUGGUAAAUCAGCGACUAACUGCGGCCGUUGAAGAAAUAUUCGUAGUGUUUGAAAGAACCAUAGCAGAGUACGAGGAGGAACUUUGUCGAACAAAAGAGGAGAACGAGCGACAACGUCAAGAACUGGACGCCGUUUUCAAUCAGCCCCGAGUUGUUUUACAAAGAACAGAUGUCCGUGAAGAACAUCUUCAGAACAAGGAGCCUCGGCUCGCCCAAAUUAAAAAGGAGGAGGAGAAGCUGGAAGCCCUGCACAUUAAAGAAGAAGAGGAGGAUCACAGAAUCAGUCAGGAGGGAGAGCAUCUUGGAGGACUGGUGGAGUUUCCGGUGAUUGGUGUCCCUGUGAAGAGAGAAGAUGAAGACAAAGGUGAGGAGAAGAGAGAGACGGAGCCUCCAAGUGGCAGCUCAACUCGGCAUGUGACAACAGAAGCUGAUGGAGGAUCACAAGCAGACAACCUCUCGGCUUUACGAUCCGACAGUUACGACGCAACGUCACACUCUCCUGACACGGACGAUGAAGACUCUAAAGCUGAUCAGACGUGUCCUACUGACAACACGCUCUUGAAAUGCUCUCCGUCCGAUCAAACCUUUCACUACAUGAGCGCACACACUGGAAAGAAACCGUAUUCAUGUUCUACCUGCAACAAAAGCUUUCGUAACCGAGCAGUCCUUGAAACACACAUUAGAAUACACACUGGUGAGAAACCAUUUUCCUGCUCAGUGUGCAGUGCAGGUUUUGGACGAAAUGAUCAUUUGAAAAAACAUAUGAGUAUCCACACCGGUGAGAAACCAUAUCCAUGUUCGAGCUGCAGCAAAAGCUUUCAUGACCAAGCAAACCUUGAAAGACACACGAGAAUGCACACUGGUGAGAAACCAUUUACCUGUUCCGUGUGUGGUGCAGGUUUUGCACGGAAUGAUCAUAUGAAAAUACACAUGAGAAUACACACUGGUGAGAAACCAUAUUCAUGUUCGAGCUGCAACAGAGGCUUUCAUGACCAAGCAAACCUUGCACAACACAUGAGAAGACACACUGGUGAGAAACCAUUUACCUGUUCCGUGUGUGGUAUAGGCUUUGCACGAAAUGACCAUUUGAAAAAACACAUGACAACACAUACUGGUGAGAAACCAUUUACCUGUUCUGUGUGUGGCACAGGUUUCGCACGGAGUGAUAAUUUGAAACAACACACAAGAAUCCACACUGAAGAAAAAACAUAUUCAUGUUCUGGCUGCGACAAAAGCUUUCAUGACCGAGCGAACCUGAACACACACAUGAGAAUACACACUGAAGAAAAACCAUAUUCAUGUUCAAGCUGCAACAGAAGCUUUGAGCGUCAAACAACCCUUGUACAUCACAUGCGAAUACACACCGGGGAGAAACCAUUUUCCUGUUCAGUGUGCGGUACAGGUUUUCGAGAAAAUAGUAUUUUAAAAAGACACAUGCGAAUACACACUGGAGAAAAACCAUAUUCAUGUUCAAACUGCAGCAAAAGCUUUCGUAGCCGGACAAACCUUAAAACACACAUGACGAUACACAGUGGUGAGAAACCAUUUUCCUGCUCAGUGUGUGGUAGAGCUUUUCGAGAAAAAUGUGUUUUAAAAAGACACAUGAGAACACACGCCGGAGAAAAAGCUGCGACAAAAGCUGUCAUGACCAACACAUGAGAAGACACACUGAUGAGAAACCAUUUCCCUGCUCAGUAUGUGGUACAGGUUUUGCAUGGAUGGUUGUUUGAAAACAUACAGAAGAAAACACACUGAAAAUAAAAAAAACAAUGGUUUGCACUGACAUUUCUUACUUUACUUGCCAAGCUUGUCAACUUUUGAUACAUUUGGUAUGUGGUCCUUAGAUAGAAAUACCCACGAAAGUCAUCAUCUUAAAGAUAUAAUGUAUAAGUGAUCAUAAGCCAUCCUAAACCGUAUGGAUAGAAACAUAUUUAGUAGUGUAUAAAGAUAUUAGGUAACAGCAAUAAUAAGA